UCGAUACACAAGCAUACGUACAACGAUUUUGAAAGUAAAAUUCUGACGGAUACCACUAACCGAUGAGGUCACAUUUUCCAACUUUACACUUCCAAUGAAUCGGGUCAGGGUUCAAAAGAAUGUUGUCGCCUGCAGAGUCAGUUUCAGUCGAGGAUCAGUCUAGUGUGAGCAGAGCUUCAAGGAACAAAGUGGUAAAGCUGGAUCUUGGUUAUGGUCUGGGAUUAGUUGUCGAUCGAUUAGAGCUAUCGUUAUCAGUACUUCUGAUCGAUCUUCAUCCUUAACCACCUACGUGAUAAAAGGGAUUGGUGAAUUUUUAAGGAGUUUAAUCCGCUAUGCUCGGUUAGAUAUUUCAACGAUAACAAUUGCUUCGCCGCGUUUAGUGAUCUUUGGCUCGUGUUCAAGUCCACCGCUCGUGUUCGUGUCCAUAAAAAAAUAUGGAAAAGUCAAAGGUAAUGACGCAAUCAGUUGCCGGGUUCGCAGCAACCAUGUCCGUGGCGUGCGCCGGUUUUCAUUUCGGAUGGUCCGCUCCUUCGCUGCCAAAGCUUUUGGACGAGGAUUCCAACGUUACCGUGACAUCGGAUGAAAGUUCAUGGAUCGUGAGUUUCUUUACAUUUGGAUGUGUAUUCGGUCCACUCAUCGGAGCUGCAGUGGUGGACAGAUGGGGCAGAAAGUGGUCUCUACUUUUCACGGUUCUGCCUUACCUCAGUUCUUGCAUCCUGAUUGGAUUCGCGCCGAGUUUUUGGUGGUUUGCCAUAGCAAGGUUCAUCGCCGGUCUUGGUUCUGGCAUCACCUACACCGUGGCACCGAUGUACUUGGGAGAGAUUGCGGACGACAGGAUUCGGGGCGCGCUGGGUGCCAUGAUAAACCAUAUGCUGAACGCCGGUAUUUUGUUAACCUACUGUGUCGGGCCGUGGGUCAGCCCCGUGGCUCUAGCUGGCAUGGGAGCAGCGUUUCCACUCCUGUUUGGUCUGAUGUUCUUCUGGAUGCCAGAGUCACCGUACUUCUUGGUAAUGAAGGGAAAGAUGGAUCGCGCUGAGAAAAGUUUGCUCUGGUUCAGAGGGACGAGUAACGUGAUCGAGGAGCUCAAGCAGGUUCAAGAGAAUGUAGAGUUCGAUCAAAAAAAUGCUGGUACAGUUAAGGAGCUGGUUAUGAUACCUGGAAAUCGCAAGGCUUUGAUCAUCGUCAUCGGGUUGAUGAUAGCCCAACAGUUCAGCGGUAUUGGGGCUGUGCUCGCCUACAGUGGCCUCAUAUUCGAAGCAUCGGGAUCCAGUCUGGAUUCAAGUAUUUCCGUAAUCAUUAUUGGCGUGGUUCAAGUCCUCAGUGGAGUGCUCACCAUAUUCACUGUUGACCUGGCAGGACGAAAGCCAUUGUUGUUGAUUUCCGCCUGUGGUUCGAUCCUGUUUCUCGGAGGAGAAGCAUUGUACUUCCAGCUCCAAGCGGUCGAUGUCGAUGUCAGUUCGAUCUCUUGGCUUCCGGUUACCGCUAUCGUUGGUUACAUAAUCGUGUACACGAUAGGACUAGGAUGUCUUCCUUACGUCGUACUUUCGGAAAUAUUUCCAUGCAACGUUAAAGCGUUGGCGACUAUGGUUACCUCGAUAUUCGGGGCUCUUGGUGGAAUGGCCGUUGCCAAGCUGUACCAAGUCGUCGCUGACGAGUACGGAAUCCACGCUUCGUUCUGGGGAUUCGCUGCGAUAACCGUAUUUUCGAUGAUAUUCAUUUACUUCGUCAUCCCCGAGACCAAGCAGAGGUCUCUGCGCGAUAUACAAGAGGAGUUCCACAAGACUACGGAGUUUAAAACGGUGUCAGACAAGUCGCUGGAUCCUUGAUCACUAUCUUGAACCUGCGACGAUACUUAAUAAGCGUGGUGAAAUUAUCAGAGGUGUACUUACGAAAAGGAUAGUCACGAUGAGGUGACAAUGUUCAAUUCCUGAUGUACAGUUCUCAUCGUAGAGCCACCGUAAGAGGCUCUCCACCACUAUUAAUUGAUCGCUUCGGCUAAUAUUUUCCAAGGAUCUUCUUACAUUUACUUGUUUAUUAUUAAUCCAUUAGGCAAUUUACUCAAUGCAAUAGAGAAAUGAUUUUCUUGAAAACUGAACGAGGUUGUUUACACAGAACCUUUUUCUUCUCACAAAGAUAACGUGCAAUAAGCCAUUGGGACGAAUUUGGGUAUCGAACAAAUCGGUAUAUCUCAGGAUCGAUAACCAUAUUUCUGUGUAGUUGUAAGUUUCUCCUAAAGCUCAAUUAUACGAGUAUAAGUUAAUAUGCAGAUGUAAUUAAACAAACAUUAUUUAUA